AUGAAGUUCGCCGGCCUCCUCCCGCUGGCCGCGCUUAGCUCCGCCAUCGUCCUUCCUGACGAGGCCAUACUUCGCGAGCUUGCCACUCAAUCCGACAAGCUCGCAGCUCCGGAACAUCCGGUCGCCGACCUGAAGGGUGCCCUCGACGACCUCGUUGACGACGCCAGGGAUGACUUUGAGUCCGUCGAGUUCGGUCUACGAGAGUCCUUCCAUGACGCCAAGGAUGCCCUCGAUGAUGCCUUUGAACGGAUAGUCGACGCCGAGGAGUCCGUCUGGGAUCAGAUCCACGAGAGUGGCUUCGACGUCGAGGGCUGGCUGCGGAGUGGCUCCCCACGCCGUCCCAAGCACUUUGACUUUGAUGGUCCUCCCAGACCACACCCGCAUGGUGACCGCCCACCUCCACCUCCACCACAUGGCGACCACCCACCGCCGCCUCCUCCUCCACAUGGCGACCACCCACCACCACCUCCCCAUGGCGACCACCCGCCACCUCCAUAUGGGAAGCAUCUCGCCCCUCCUCCCCAUGGCAAGCAUCUCCCUCCGCCUCCGCCUCCGCCAUUCCAUCGUCACCGUGAAGGCGAAUUUCCCCCUCCCCCUCCCCCUCCUCAUGAUGAGCCUCCGCAUGAGAGGCCUCCCCACGAUGGCCCUCCUCAUCCCAGACCUCCUCAUGAUGGACCGCCUCACGACAGGCCACCGCACAAGGGAAGGCCGGAUCAUCCACCGCGCCACAAGCCUAACCAGACCGUUUACGAGCUGAUUGCCAAGUCCAAGUAUACCACUAAGCUGGCGAAGCUGAUCAACGAUGAUGCCGAGCUGGUUGAGUUGCUGAAUGGCACGACAGCCAACUUCACUGUCUUCGCCCCUACGGACAAGGCCUUUGAGAAGAUCCCCAAGCACAAGGAGCCCAGCAAGGAAUUCAUCAAGAAGCUCCUCCUGUACCAUGUGUCGCCCGACUUCUACCCUGCUGGCCGUGUCCUUCACACCCACACCAUCCCUACGCUCUACAAGGAGCCGGCUCUUGGUGGCGAUGACUUCGCGCAGCGCUUGAGUGUGAACAUUGGCUUCAAGGGGUUGACGCUGAACUUCUACAGCCGCAUCGUCGCUAUCGACAUUUUCGGCACAAAUGGUGUUAUUCACGGUCUUGACACCAUUCUCAUCCCCCCGCCCAAGGCAGCUGAUAUCAUCUCCCUUCUGCCUGGAGAGUUCUCAACCGUUACCCUUGGCCUGGAGAAGACUGGUCUCUUUGACCUUCUGAACAGCACUGAUCAUGCUGGCGGUACUUUCUUCGCUCCCUCCAACUGGGCCUUUAAGAAGCUCGGUCCCCGCAUCAACGCCUUCUUGUUCAGCUCCUACGGCGAGAAGUAUCUCAAGGCCCUGCUCAAGUACCACAUCGUUCCCGAGCAGACCCUUUACUCAGAUGCCUUCUACCGUCCGUCGAAAGACGACGAUGAGCAUAGCCAGAGAUCCUUCCACGUCGAUCUGCCAACCCUGCUCGACGACAAGGCUCUCAGCGUUGACAUUGGGUAUUAUGGUCCUUUCACCGAGAUCAAGAUCAACGGCUUCUCGCGUGUGGCUAUCCAGAACGGCAUCGCCAAGGACGGUGUCAUUCAAGUCGUUAGCAGCGUUUUGAUCCCGCCGAGGACUGCGGAAACGAAGGACUUCUGGGAGGGUGAACACCUGAGCGUCGAAGAAUUCAAGGCAAGGCUGGAGCCUUUCGUCGAGUCUGACGAGUCCGAAGCCGAGGACCUUGGCUGGGGCGAGCUUUGA